AUGGCGACUGUUCAACACUACGUUCUCUUCGAAAACGUAUCUGGCUAUAGUCUCUUCCUAGUAAAGGAAUUUGACGAAAUCACCAAGACCUUUACUGCACACGUUAAUUCAUUUUUGAAGCCAGUUGCUUUUGUCCCCUUCAACUCUCUUCCUGAAGCCUUGGAAAAUAUACAAAUCAUCAGUGAGGGUCGGGUGUCGUCUCUCCUGUCCGGCUUUCUACGACAGAAUCUACCAGUUAAAGAUGCUGUCCUUGGCGUUGCUGAUCAGGCACUAGGCGAAAGUAUUUUGCAGCUCGAUAUUGGAUUUGAAUGCAUUUGGGACGCCUCCAUUCGGGAAUUGCUGCGGGUCAUUCGUGCCAACGCUUCCCGACUUUUGCGAUCCCUCAUUGUAGAGCCAGGUGCAUUCCUUUCCACUGCUAAAAAGCCUACCACUUCCACGCAGGAGACGGUUCCUGGUCGAAAGGCUGUAAAACGUGCUCGAUUAGUUGUUGCUCUAUCGCGUGCCCGACUGCAGUUGGACCUUGUUCAUCAUCUCGCCGAUACAGGAGUUGUGCGAUCUCUUGAUCUUCUGGACAGCAUGGACGCAAGCCUUGCCCGGUCAGUGAAACACCUGCGCGUUUCUUAUGGGCUCCACUUUCCGGAGUUGUGUCGUGGUGGUGGCUUACCCGGUAUGGAUGACUUUGUGUUUGCUUCCAUCGUUACACAGUGCCCUCUAAGGAGUCAGCUUGUUGGACAUAAGAAGCAACUGUUAGAAUGGCUAGGCGGUGAUCAUAAAAUGGCUGAAACUAUUAUUGAACUUGCAAAGACUUCUACUGGUCAGGACCUGUCCUCUGAUGAUGUCAUGGCAUUGCAGCAAUAUGGACAAUUUUUUCUCAAAUUACUCGAGUCAAGAACGCAGUGCUAUAAAAUGUUGGAACUUCGGGUCCGGGAACUCGUACCCAAUUUAACAGCUUUGAUGACCCAAGCGCUUCCUGGAGUAGAUGAUAAUGCAUCCCUUGAGAGGGCACGAAAGAUCGGUGAUCGUGUUUCCCCCGCGAUUGUAGCUGCUCGUCUCCUUUCGCACGCUGUCAAUCUCGAUCGACUUGCCAGAAUGCCCAGUUCUAGAAUCAAUUCCCUGGGUGCUUCGAAAUCCCUCUUCAGACGAAGCGGUGCUGUUGCUGCUACUGCUGCCGGCCUUCUGGGACGUGCACUAACUCAAGUUACAAGUGAGAGUAGUGCCACUGUAGAAGGGAAGUCCGGGAAGCAGAACAGUGAGGAGAGGGAGGGUGAUCAGGGAAUACCCUCUUUAGCAAAGAGCAUUGUUGAGAUGAGCGGUGGUCGGCUGCGCGCUAUGGUGGUUCGUCGAAGAGUUGCCCGUUUGCUCGCGGCCAAAUCGACUUUGGCCGUGAGGGCUGACUGCUAUCGUAGAAUGAAUCCCUUCAUUGAUGCUGCCGCUUUUGAGCCAAAAAGUGUAGUUGCUUCGCAGAACUUGGACUCUGGUGAAUAUGGUUCUGACCUUGGCCAGGAGACCAAGCGGCAAUUGCGUGUGUGGGCGGAGGCGAACGGUGUGCAUCUGGAAAGGACUGUGCAAGAAUUAGAGAGGCAAAGAGAAGCGCGAAAGAGGUAUCGAAAAGGGAAACGGAAGGCUUGGCUUCGACGCAAAAUGGGGCGUGGUGUUGCUCUUGAUCCAAUUUCCAAAUUAGAAGGCAAAAGGGCGCUCAUAGAUGCUACUGACGGCGCCCAGUCGGAAGAAAAGGAGAAGGACGGAGAAGUUGGCGAUGGAGGUCCCAAAAAGUUCGAAUUUAAUUCUGGCAAUUGCCUUGGGUUUUCCUUAAAAAUGUUGUCCGAUUUUAGAAAACUGACCAUAAUUCUAAUUUACUUGAGCAUCCUCCCAUCGACCCUGGAGUUGAGACGGUGCUCCCCUAUGUGGAGGGCCUUCACAACACCAUCAACGUUAGAAACCGGUGUGGGUGAGGUCAAGUGUUCCGACCUCUGUUACUUCAAGAGCCGCGCCAAAUUGACAUACACGGAAGGCGAAACGCUUUGCAAGUCACUGAACACAAAGAUGCUCCACUUGAAGAACGAGGCUGAAAAUAAAGCUCUAAAAUCAUUUGUCAAUGAGUCUAUCUACCUCCUCACGCGGAUGGUGGACUCCGCCUUCCUAAAUGACGGCGAUCCCCUAACCUAUGGGUUGGUUGCGCCAGCGUCACUUCUCUGCGUCAUGUCUGGGGUGCGCUUUCCGUCUGGGGCGGAUCGGAGUGCCACAGUGGAAGAAGGUGCCAUGCCGCCGCAAAUGUGUGAAAUAUCACAAAAAGGUGGCGAAUUGUGCCCUCCUGUUGACAUGACGACGUUGCAGGCUCUUUCGGACGCUGUUGACAAGGAGAAUAUCCCCCCAGGCGGUAGGUCUGAUCAAUCGGAGUCAUUUCCCUUCAAUCCAAUCGCAAAUUGCCCACAACAGAUCCAACCCACGACCUCGAAUUACGGCGUCCAAUUCCAGUACCAAUUAAGGCGUCCAGUCGAAGCUUGGAAGUAUCAUGAGCGCAAGAGCAACGACGGUUCUGUGGUUUUCGCAUGUCGUUUUUGCUGUGCCGUGUACAAGCACAAAAAGUCCCUCAAUAAGCACUGGAAAGACAAGCACAGCACGAGUGACAGUACCAUAGGAAUGAAUACGGAGGAGGAAUGCAACUCACAGAACAACUCUGGACUUAGCGAAAGUGUCUCUGCAUCUGUAUCUCGACCCUCUCCACCGAUGUCUAGGAUGCGCGCCUCGCUCCGCCGACUUCCUCAGGAAUCACCCUCUGCAACAAUGGUGAAGAGGCGACGGAGUGACAUUCCCGUCACUUCAAUUGGGCAAUCGGCACCUCUUGACUUGUCCAUGGCUCGACCAAGGGAGAACGAGGCUUCCAUUGAGCGAAUGACCGAGGUGGAUGCGGGCGCUCCUCUUCACGACCGUGUGAUCAUUACUCUUCUCAUCCAAUCAGCUCUGGAUGCACUCAAAGCGGAGCCGCCCAGUGUCCUAACAACGGAUUCGGUCUCGUCAAGCACUCGUAGUCUGUUGCGAGCUGUUGGAAGUAUCCUCAUCGGUUCGACAGAUCUAAAGGUCGAACCUGUAACAUCCAGUAACGAUCGAAAACGGUCGGAAGAGGCGCCGGUGCCGUGUCAAGUCUGCCCCUACGUUGGCCGAUGGCAUAGUGAAGUGAAGGCUCAUGUGGUGAAUCACUCUAGCCACAAGAUGUUUGGCUGCUGCUUUUGCAACUAUCGAUCCAAGUGGAAGUGGGAUGUGGCAAAGCACAUGCGUAAGUGUCUCAAUGCGCGGAGUGUGGCCAACCUGCCGAACGAGGCUCUUAUCCGUAUGAUUAUCUUCCAUCCCCCACCUCCAAAUGACAUACUGCACAUGUACUAUUCGGAGAAUGCGUCACCGCCGGUGAGCCUUAUGCCACAGCAACCGACACCGCAACCACCUGCUUCACCUCCACCAAGCUCGUCACAAAUCCUCGAGCCCGUGGAUAUUCCAAAACGUGAGGAUACAAACGACGAUGCUGAAGUUAAAUCGGACGAAAGUCUACAGACUUCAAUCCCUGCUGAUCCACCUGUGUUAGAACCUGUGAGUUUGAGUUUUUGCUUUUCGAUUGUCUUGAAAUGUUCAAAUUAUUUGCCGUUAUUCAUUCAAUUUCAGGCCGUGCAAUUUGAUGUGAAGGAGGAGGAACAGGAGGAGGAGAUACGGAGAGAGAUGCAUGCAAAACGUCAGCUGAUAUCCCAAACUCAGGUUCAAGACACAUUUGACGACCCUACUGUUCAAUCUGUCAGAAGUGUUCAAUCUUAA